AGCCGACAGAAGCUGUAAACUACUACGAUGUAAGCAAUUCUAGCAGAACAACAAGAACAUGGCGUCUUCAGGCGUCUUCUUUGCGCCCUGCUUGCGUUCGACCGCUCCCAUCAUCCUGGCAAGGACCACCAAUGCGUUCAGAAAUGGAUACGUGAUUUUGUAAUUUAUUUGUCAAAGUACUGAAAUAAAACACGUAUUUUACAAAUAAAUAGAUAUAUUUUAUAAGAAAUGAAUAAAACAACUUAUUUGUUUAAAUUUAUUACUUUUGCAAUUCCUUGUCUUUUGGCUAUUUACUAAGUUAGGCAACAUUGUUCUAAUAAAUCACAGAAAAUAACAAAUGAACGCUUAUAUUGUGGAUAUUUUGGAAGUUUAGCAAGUCUGGUAGGUGAAUUGGGCGAUAUUUUAAUUUUACAAUUACCAUUUUUCACUUUGAAGAACUUUCCCUCCAGAAAUAUUCUCUGAUUAACGAUUUGGCAACGUAGUAUUAUGGUAUGUCAAUGAGUGUGAGUGUAUCCAUACUAUCUGUACUACAAAAAUUGGUCGUGUAGUAGUGUGUUGGUGUAGUGGGUGGUAGUGGUUGAUACACGCGAGAAUGGAUCGAAUGAAAACACUGGAAGAGGAAUUGAGGGAAGCGUCAUGCAUUGGCGAUAUCGAAACUGUCGAGGAAAUUCUAGCAACUGGCAUUAAUGUAAAUGCGAAACAUGAAAUCAAUGGAUGGACUGCAUUACAUUGGGCAGCAAAACGAGGCCAUAAAUCUAUAGUAAAUUUACUGCUCGCGAAUGGUGCUGAUGCAAAGGCUCUAACGAAUAAAGGUGAAACUCCGGUUGCUCUUUGCAAUAAUCCAGAGAUUUGUCAAUUACUGGACCCUGGAUGUGUAAAUCCUGCACCAUGUGAACAGCCAUCACUUCCUAUUACUCCACACUAUCUCAAGCACACAUCUUUAAAUGGAAUAACUAGUAGAAAAAGUUCUAGUGUGGAUGUUACAGGUAGCAACUCAAACUGUCAAAUGGCAUCAAAAAGUCACUGCAACUGUUCUCUUCAAAAUGAAGAAAUUGUUUUAAAAGUUCGUCUAGCCAAUACAGGAGAUCCUGACUUCAUUGAAGUAGAAAUUCCACGGAAAGAACUCACCUAUUCUCGAUUACUACGUGUAUGCUGUGAAGAAUUAGGUGUGAAUGCCACCCAAGUUCUUCGAAUUCGCAAGCUUCCAGACACGCUAGUGAGGAAAGAUAAAGAUGUUCAAAGAUUUCAGGACUUUCAAGAAAUUGAAAUGGUUGUAGCGUCAGCAUCUGGGAAAAAAAUUGUCCCAAAUAGUAAUGGAUUAAUACCAGGAUAUGGUGGAACAAAUGUUAAUGGCUAUCAAUCAAUCUCCCUCUAUAAAAACCAGACAAUUCUGUACUAACUAUCCAUCCUUGCCAAAGAAAGUUAAUGCACAAAAUGGAUUGAAGAUAUUGAAUACUCCAGUCAUUCCACUACAUUUCACCAAGAGGCAAGCUCUAUAUAUAAUAAUAUAUUCAAGGUGCUUUGAGAAAGGUAUAGGCUUUUAUUUUUUUAUUUUAUUUUUUUUGUACAGUUGUGACAAAAGUGAAUGGCUGACUUUCCUGUAUGUCCUUGUUUAAACACUGCACAUUUGGCACUCAAGAUUUUUUAGUAUUCUUUUUGAAAAGCACCAAUUGUAAGACAAUAAGUUUGGUGGUGUUUUAGUUGUUGUGAUAGUUACUAUUAGUUCUUUAGUUCUGAAUUAUACUGUGUAUUAUAUUGUGUAUUGCAAUUAACGUUUUAAAAAGAAAUGCCUCUGUUUACAAAAUAGCAAUUACUCAUCAUUUAUAAAUAAAUCAAAUAGUGUGAAUGUAUUUAAUGCAAAUUAAUAUGAAUUUUCUUAUGGGCUUCAACAGAAUUUUAUUUCAUGGAGACAUUUGUGAAUCUAGUCAGUAAUAUUGUAAGAUUGAAUUUCAAUACUAAUAUUUUUAAUUAUUUUGUAAUCCAUGGUGAGAAGUGAUGUUUGAUGGCUAGUGGCAUGGUGAAAGAGGUAUUUUGCUUUGGCUGUUGAUUUUAUUACAGAAUUAACUGGCAGUAUUUCAUUGCAUGUUAUUUUUUUACUUUUGUCCCAGUAAGAAUUCACUAGUAUGAUUAGUGGUAGACGGAUUUUGAUGACUUAAAACGUCACCAAAAAUG